AUGGAAGACCAGGAAAUCCAUGUUCAGAAGGCGCCCAGGGACAGCUCCGAGGACAACCCGCAAAUUAAGGUUGAUGGAAAGGAGAGUAAUAUAAAUCCAGAGAUUGUCUUUGCUGUGACAAUGUUUAAGUGUUUAACGGAAUCAUCGUCUUCGUUUGACCAAAACGUGGUUCUGUGUCCAUAUUCCCUGGAGAUUGCACUAACCUCCCUUCUUCCCGGAACUAGUGACAAGCUAAGAGGUGAUCUAAUGCGGCUACUUUGUGCUAAUGGCAGAGAUUUCGAGCAGUUGAUUAAGGAAGUAGGGGAAGCCCAAGCGGAUGAAACGCUGGUAAUAUCCACAACAGGCUUUUACGACGAACGUUAUCCGCUACGUCAGUCAUUCAUCGCAGCGCUCAGUGCCGCCCUUGAAUUCAAAUGGAUACAAGCGCCCUUUGCGAGUUCACCUGCGGCAGCUUUGAAUGUAGUGAACACAUACGUAUCGCAAAAGACAAAUGGAGAGAUUUCUCACGUUCUAAACGAACUGGCGCCCACAACCACAUUGAUUAUACUGAACAUCGUUAACUUCACGGGGCCUUGGGAGAAGCAGUUCGAUACAAAAUACACCGAGCGCGGGAUAUUCCGUGGCGUCAAUGGAGUUGAACAAGCGGUACAGUUCAUGAAAAACGAACAUGCCUACAUUCGGGCUUACAAUGUCGGCUCAUAUAAAUGGGAGAGCAGUAGCGACGAUCCCAAAAUAGUUAUUUUGGAUAUCCUGGGAAGGAAAUACAGUGUAAUGCUGUUACUCCCUGCCGACGCAUCAAGUGGAACUGCACUGCUGGAAAAACAGUUAACUCCGGAAAAACUACUGAUCUGGCGACGAAAAGCCAAAGUGUCAUACUUGUGUAUGGUCGUACCAAAAUUCCGCAUUUCCUUCGACGAGGAUUUAAUCGACUGCACGAAGCUAAUGGGACUAAAAGAAUUAUACACGCCUUCCAGAACAGCGUUUUCGAAUAUGUUCGACAGCGGAGAUCCAAUUUGUGUUUCUAAACUUAAACAGCAAACAAUAUUAGAACUAGACGAAUUCGGUGUCAAAGCUUCCGCAGUGACCGGCUUGAAUACAGAAUAUUCGAGCGCCAACGAACCAGAUUUUGUGGCCAACAGACCAUUCUUAUUGAUAAUUUGGGAUGAAAUGACCAACAUCCCCAAGUUUAUAGCGCGUAUCACAAAUCCCAACGCUUAA